UUUUGCAAUUCUUUGCAAAAUCUUGAAAUUAUUUGUUAUAAACCUAACUUUUAAUUAAACAACAGUUAGAUCCGCAUGGUUAUAAUAUAAUAAGAAAAUGCACGUGUGUUUGGGAUAGUUUAAACGCUUAAAAAUAGCGCUUUACGAUGAAAUCUAACUAGUUUUUCCUGUUUUGAUUCAUAUUUUUGAUUUUUUUUUUUACACACGUGCUGAAACUUUUCGUUGUUUAUUAUUUGUGGUAAUUCACUUAGAUUUUACAUUUCGCUGCGUUUUGCUAUGAUAAAGUUUUAGUGCAUGUUUGUUUACUUUCAGAGCGACACACUGCGCCUGUGUAGUAGUUGUAGCAUUUUGUAGGCGCUUCCCAUCUCUCCUUUAUGAACCUUUGACACAGGCUGGAUCGCUUUUUUCUACUUUGACGAUGGCUGGAGCUGGGUUCACUCUCUGUAGGGCUGUUUUGUCUGUUUCCAGAAGCAAAAAUAUCCGUACAAGAGCGUUUUAUUACUGGACAGCUGCGAGAAGGACAACAAAUGCAUUUAAGCACGGGAGGGUGUCUGUUCUUUUAGGCGUCCCUACACUUUCUUUACUGGGACAUGAACUCUACCAAAGAGUCCAGCGUUCAUCUGUGGUGCUCGCUUUGGACAGAGAGGAGCUGUUGGAGCAGGCGGAUUACCUCUACAGCUGUGCGGAAACUGAUAAACUCUAUCAGCUUCUACUGCAGCACAAAAACAGAGAUGACGCAGAGUUCUUGUGGCGUUUGGCUCGUGCGUCUCGGGAUCUGGCUCUUCUACCGGACACCGCACCAGAGAAGAAGAAACAGCUGGUCUACGAGGCUCUGGAUUGUGCCAAAAGGGCUCUGGAGAAGGAGGAGACCAACUUCGCCGCGCAUAAAUGGUACGCCAUCUGUCUGAGUGACAUUGGGGAUUAUGAAGGAAUCAAAGUGAAGUUGGGAAACUCCUACAUCAUCAGGGAACAUCUGCAGAGAGCUAUUGACUUGAAUCCAAAAGACGCCACUUCACUGCACAUCCUCGGAUAUUGGUGUUUUGCGUUUGCCGAUUUGCCCUGGUACCAGCGUAAAAUGGCAGCAGUUAUUUUUGCCACUCCCCCAAUGUCGACGUAUCAAGAGGCUUUGGAUUACUUCUUGAAAGCAGAAGCAGAGGAUCCAAACUUCUACAGUAUGAACUUACUGAUGCUCGGAAAGACGUAUCUGAAGAUAAAUGACAAAGAGAACGCCAAACUGUGGCUGACCAAAGCAAAAGAGUACCACCCUCUCACUCACGAGGACAAAGAGGUUCACAAACAGGCCGCGGAAAUGCUUAACGGCCUCGGUUAAAGACGACCUUAAACGCAACACGGCGGUGCCUUCGUGAACCUAAACUGCUCACGGAUAUUUUCAGAUUGUAGAGGGUUGCUCAUUAACUUAUAUUUCCCAUUUAAGAUCUGAUUAAUAGAGGGUAUAGUGUCGUAUUUUAACUCGUUACGUAGAAUUUCUUACUGAUCUCAGGAUAAUUUAAAGGUGCAUUGUGUAACUUUUCUGGGUGAUAGGUCAUUGCCGUUUGCUUUUUUCCAUGGAGAUUUCAUUGCUCUUUGCCCGGAAUAUCCCACAGUAUGGUAUUAAAUUGAUCUACGUCCGUGGAAACAAGCAGAUAACUCAACCAGAUCGAGUUACAGGUCAGAUCUGUGGAGAGGCGACUUCUAUCGCUUUAAGAAUGGAUGUUUUUCAAGGUAUUAAAAACAUCUGGUGUAGAAAACAGUUCAGAUUAAUUUAAAGGUGCACUGUGUAACUUCUACAGUGGAGGGUCUGCUACGUUCUUGUCGUCAUGGAUAUGUCAUGUUUUGGCCUGGAAUGUUCCUCAGUAGGGCAUUACACAUAUUUUCCUUGCUUUUGUUCAAUUACAAGUGUUUUAUAGCUCAAAAAAAGCUUAAAAAAUGCAAAUUCUUACCAUGUGAAGGCUUGCUUUUCCAUAGAUCUGACCUUUAACCUGUCUCUAUGGUGAUUACAAAGUUUACUAUCAAGGCAAAACCGUAGUAUCACCAUGGAGACAAGCAAGUGGCGGACCCUAGACCCAAAAAAGUUACACAAUACGAUGAUUUUAAACUGAAAUGCAAAAUGAUAAUAAUAACAUGUAAUUAUUUUCAGUUGUUGAUAAUGUCACAGACGGAUUUGCACAAACAUUUUUCACAUUAAACUUACUUGAUUUUAACUUUAAAUGUGUAGUUUUAUCCAUGUGCUGGUUAUUCAUCAUUUUUGUUUUACAAUAACUGUUAAAUAAAUUAAACUGGAUGAAA